AUGCCGCCGGGGGGCUGGGGCGGCUACGAGCCGCCAGCGGCGCCGUCGUUCCCGGAUGGCAAGGGCGCCGCAUUCCCGGGCGGCGAGUGCGCGAUGCCGCCGGGCGGCUGGGGCGGCUACGCGCCGCCGCCCUUCGACGGCGGCGGAGGCCGCGGCCGCGGCCGCGGCAACGACGGCUUCGGCCGCGGCCGCGGCUUCAACGGCUUCGACGGCGGCAAGGGCUUCGACGGCGGCAAGGGCUUCGACGGCGGCAAGGGCUUCGGCGGCGGCAAGGGCUUCGGCGGCGGCAAGGGCUUCGACGGCAAUCUAUUCGACGGCGGGAAAGGGAUGGGCUUUGGCGGCAAAGGCUUCGGCGGCGGCAAGGGCUUCGGCGGCGGGAAAGGCGGAUUCGGCGGCGGCAAGGGCGGCUGGGACGGCGGCGGCCAGGGCGGCUUCGACGGCGGCGGCCAGGGCGGCUUCGACGGCGGCGGCAAGGGCGCCUGCUGGGACGGCGGCGGCGAGGGCGGCUGGGACGGCGGCGGCAAGGGCGGCUUCGACGGCGGCAAGGGCAAGGGCGCCUGGGACGGCGGCGGCAAGGGCGGCUUCGACGGCGGCAAGGGCAAGGGCGGCUUCGACGGCGGCAAGGGCAAGGGCGGCUUCGACGGCGGCAAGGGCAAGGGCGUCGAGUGCGGCGGCGGCAAGGGCAGGGGCGGCCGCGGCGGGCCCUUCGGCAAGGGCCGGGGCCGGGGCGCGGCGUCCGGCCUGAGCUGCGGCGACGAGGCGCCCUCCGCGCGCGACAAGGAGGUGAACACGCUGCUCCUGCGCAAGUGCAAGACCGUCGCCGACAUUUUGGCGCUCGUCGAGCGCGAGGGCCCGGCGCGGCUCAACACGUUCAACCAGGUCACGGCGCUCCACCGGCUGAGCAAGGCGGGCCUGCGGCUCGGCCGGGGCGGCGGCGAGCCGCUCGUCGAGGCGCUCGUGGCGUCCGUCGCGGGCAAGAUUGGCGCGCGGCCGGGCGUCUUCACGACGCGCCACCUCGUCAACACGGCCUACAGCCUCGGCAAGAUGAAGGUCACGGACGCGCGCGCGUACGCGGCGAUCGCGACCGCGUGCGGGCCGCGGCUCGGCGAGUUCAACGCGCAGGACGUCGCGAACCUGAGCUGGGCCUACGCGACGGCGGAGGUGAGCGACGACGCGGACUGCCUCGCGACGCUCCGGCGCCUGCCCGGUGCGGCGCAGCGCGAGCUCGGGAGCUUCACGAGCCAGGGCCUCUCGAACACGGUCUGGGCCUUCGCGACGAUGGGCCUCCGCGCGCCGGAGCUCAUGGCGCACGUCGCCGCCGAGGGCGAGCGGCGCCUCGGCGAGUACAACGCCCAGGAGCUCGCGAACACGGUCUGGGCCUACGCCAAGUGCGGCGCGGAGUCGCAGGAGCCCUUCCUCCGGGCCAUCGCGCGCGCGGCGCUCGCGAAGCUCGGCGACUUCAACCCGCAGAACCUGACGAACACGGCCUGGGCCUUCGCGACGGCGGGCGUCGUCGUGCCGGAGCUCUUCGACGGCGUCGCGGCCGCGUCGGUGCGCCAGCUCGACGUCUUCAACCCGCAGAACCUGAGCAACACGGGCUGGGCCUUCGCCAAGGUCGGCUACUACGACGCGCGCCUCUUCCGGGCCAUCGCCGCGCGCGUGGCCCGCGACGACGUCAUCGGCGUCUUCAACCCGCAGAACCUGAGCAACGUCGCCUGGUCCCUCGCGAAGCGGCUCACGGAGGGGCCCGAGGUCCACGACGGCGACGAGAAGGUCGCCUACUUCGACUGCCUCCGCAAGAUCUGCGACGUCGCGGCGGGCGACGGCCCCUGCUCCCUCGACGGCUUCAGCCCCCAGAACCUGGCGAGCCUGCUCCACGCGCUCACGGUGUCCGGCUUCGACGCGCCCGACGUCUUCUCGCGCGCGCCGCCGCGCGUCGCCGCGCUGCUGCCCGCGUGCAACGCGCAGGACAUCAGCAACACGGUCUGGUCCUUCGCGUCCAACGACAUCCGCGACGCCCGGCUCUUCGACGCCGUCGACGCCUUCCUCGUCGCCGAGGGCGUGCCCGAGACCUUCGGCGCGCAGAACGUGUCGAACGUCGCGUGGUCCUUCGCCAAGGUCGCCAUGGGCUCCGACGCGCUCUUCGGCGUCCUCGGCGACUUCGCGGCGUCGAUCAUCGACCAGUUCAGUAACCAGAACUGCUCCAACACGCUCUACGCGUUCGCGCUCGCGAACCGGCGCCACGACGCCUUCUUCCGUUCCAUGUGCGGCGAGAUCGUGCGCCAGGAGGCCGCGUGGAGCCCGAGCGGCCAGGACAUCGCCAACAGCGCCUGGGCGCUGGCGACGAUCGGGCUCACGGUGGCGCCGGCCGGCGACGACAAGUCCCAGGUGAAGCGGCGCCUCGAGGACGGGCCCGACGCGGACUACUUUGCGACGCCCGCGUUCGCGGCGCUGAGCCGCGCGGCGGUCCGAGUCUGCGGCCGCGGCUUCAACUCCCAGAACAUCGCCAACUGCGCCUGGGCCUACGCGCGCGCCGGGUCGCGGGACACGGCCCUCUUCGACGCGCUCGCGCGCGUCGCGGAACCGCUCCUCGACGGUUUCAAGUCGCAGGAGCUCGCGAACCUGGCCUGGGCCUACGCGAAGCUGAAUUUGGUCGAGCGGGCCCAGGUGCUCUUCCUCCAGCUCGCGCGCGUGGCCCAGGCGAAGUUGGGCCGCUACAACGCGCAGGACGUGACGAACACGCUCUGGGCGUUCGCGUCGAACGAUUUGGAGCACGUCGCGCUCUUCGAGGCCGCGGCGCGCCACGCGGCGCCGCGACUGAGAGCGCUGGACCGGGGCUUCGCGAACCCGCAGAAGGUCGCGACGCUCGCCUGGUCCUACGCCAAGGCCGCCGUCUACGCGCCGGCGCUCAUGGACGCGCUCGCGGCCGCGUGCGGCGCGAUCGUCGACGAGCUGCUGCCCGUCGACGUCGCGAACGUCGCCUGGGCCUUCGCGGCCGUGGGCGAGACGGACCGCGGCGGCCUCUUCGAGGCCCUCAAGGACCGGGCGCUGGCCGUGCUCGACGACCUGAGCAGCCAGGAGCUCGCGAACCUCGUCUGGUCGUUCUCGAACCUCGACGACGCGGCGCCGUGCCGCGAGCUCUGGCUCGUGCUUUUAGACCGGGGCUGGACGCCGGCGAUCUUCGACGACGUCGCCAAGUCGCAGCUCCAGCAGGCCUACCUGCGCCUCACGCUCGACGGCGCCGUCGCCGCCGUGCCGCCGCUCGACGGCGAGUGGGCGCGCGCGCUCCAGGCCGCGCUGACGACGUCGGACUGCGCGCUCGGGAGCCGCACGCAGCUCGAGGCGCGGUCGGGCCUGAGCCUCGACAUGGCCAAGCCCGAGCUCAAGGUCGCGGUCGAGUUCGACGGGCCCGUGCACUACUUCGCCAACGCCAAGUGGAUGCUCACGGGCCGGUCCAAGCUCAAGCGGCGGCUCCUCGACCUCGUCGGCUGGGACAUCGUCUACGUCGACUACCGCGACUGGGACGCCGCGGACGACAAGGUCGCGUGCCUCGUCGCCGCCUUCGACCGCCACGGCGUCCCCGCGGUCUUCAACACGGCGUCGGGCCCGCUGCCCGUGCUCCCGGAGCGCGCCGCGCCGCCGCCGGCGUCCGACGCCUUCGCGGCGCUCCAGCGCUACGCCGCGUCGCGCCUCGACACCGCGGCGCCGGCCUUCGAGCCCGACUCCGCGCCCGCGUCCGGCGGCUCCGUGAGCGACGAGAUGCUCGCCAAGCUGGGCGAGCUGUCGACCCAGGCGCUGAUCGACGGCCUCUGGGUCAUGGGCUGGCCCGGCGCGCACAUCGAGGGCGCGCGCGGCCUCGCGCCGGGCCAAAAGUGCGCGGGCCGCGCGGUGACGCUCAACUUCGUGCCCCAGCGGCCCGACAUCCAGGCGGACAAGCCGCCCGGGGGCGCGUCGCCGGAGUACGAGGCCUUCGAGCUCUGCGGGCCCAAGGAGGUCCUCGUCAUGGCGUCCGUCGGGCCCUGGGAGUCGGUCGGCGGCGACAUCAAGUUCCUCCGCCUCAAGCAGCUCGGCAUCGGCGGCCUCGUCACCGACGGCUCCGUGCGCGACACGGACGAGCUCAUCUCCUACGGCUUCCCCGUCUUCUCCUACUCGACGACGCCGCGCCAGGGCCCGGCGGUCAUGCAGCCGUGGGAGGCGCAGGGCCUCAUCAGCUGCGGCGGCGUCGCCGUCCGCCCCGGCGACGCCGUCGUCGGCGACCAGGACGGCGUCGUCGUCGUCCCCGCCAAGGUCGUCGACACGGUCUACUCCAUCGCCCACGGCCGCGAGGUCAUCGAGGAGAUCGUCAAGGAGGAGCUCACGAAGAACCCGGGCCCGCCGGGCAAGUUCUACCCCUUCAUGUCGGGCAAGAUCAAGGUCGACUCGCCCCUGGGCGAGCUCCUCGCCACCAAGGGCAUCACGCCGGCGAACAGCAACCAGUUCGAGGGGUCCGCGGACUGGUAG